CAGGAUCGGAUUAAACCGUGGUUGAGGUUUGCUGAUCCUGCCAAAUAAAGAAUGUGUUGUAUUUUAAAGAUAAGAAUGUUCUGUUUUGACACUAUGUGAAUCAUAUAGUAUAAAAUUAGUGACGCGCAUUAUAGUGAACCGAGAUAACUAUUAAAGAAUAUCGAAGGCGUUUUUUAGUUGGGAACGAUAGUUGGAAUCCGGAAUGUUACGAAGGAUUUUAUGCAACAACAAUAAUUAAACAUCAAAGGAAUUGCAUUGUUCCUUUAUUUGAUUGCAUUUCAUCUCCUAAGCCAUAACUGCUGCAAAAAAGAAAACAAUUCCGGCGGUCCAAUGUUGGGAAAACCAGCAACAUUGUCCACCCUGAAUGGAAGUGCACUUAGUAAAGGAUUCGGUGAAUCUGACCGAAGCCUGCCACCGGAUGAUCUGGAAGCUGGUGCAGAACAGAGCAGUGUUAGCUCGACUAGUAACGAAACGGAUGCCGACGAGUACCACCUACUGAUUGAUGAUUCAUGCAAAAAGCGUUCGGCCAAACGUUACGAGCUUUCGCCAGGCGGCAGCGGAAAUGCAUUACCAGCGGCGCGUGCUAGAUCGACGACAUCCGAUGAUGUUUGCCGAUGUUCCAGAAAUAGAAUUUUCAUAGUAUCGAUGGUAGUAUUCGGCUUUGUCACUCUAGUGUUUAUGGAAGUCGUUCCGCUAAACACGGAGAAGGGUCGUGUAGGGACCAUCGUCGGUUGGAGUGCGAAUACGUCCAGGCAAACCGUAAGCUACGUCCUGCCGGCGGAAAAUACGACUCUACUUGAGCCGCUGAACGUCUGCUCGACGGAGGAACGAACCGGCGACGGCAGCGAGAACGAAAAGGUAUUCCUGCUUAUAGUGGUCUGCUCGUCGGCUAGCAAUUUCGAAGCCCGGCAAACAAUUCGCGAAACGUGGGGCAACGUGAGUGAGUUCAACUAUAAUCAGUUCACGCGAUUGCACGCCCGGCUAAAAGGCGACUAUCUCGAGGCACGAUCUUUUGAGAAGCUGCAGGAUUACAUGAGAAAAGAGACUGAUGACAGCUUCGGCGUGACGAAUGAUCAAUUCGCUAAGGAGAACGAAAAUAUCAACGAUAAUAUCAAGAGCUCCGGUGAGCAAUCUCGGAGCAGCAAAUCUAGUCAUGGUUCGGCGAAUGGCACGACAGCACCGCAGCCUACGGUCGCUGCUAAUGAACGACCGUCACCGUCUUUUAAUGUGAAGGUAGUAUUCCUAUUGGGUCAGUCGGAGGCAGACUAUUUGCAUCAGCAGACCGUAAGUAGGCUUGCUAGGCAAGAGGCCAUGUCUUCACGGGGUAUACCGGCGACGUUGCCACCGAGCCACGAAGCUCCCUUGGAACGUCAGCAGUUUGAAGGGGCCGCUGCAGAAGACGUAGACCCUACCUUCGGUGCGGCUGCAGAAGAGUUGGACGAGCUACAGAUGAAAGUCAUAAAUGAAAGUGAGGUGUACGGUGAUAUCAUACAAGAGAGCUUUAUCGAUAGUUAUAAUAAUUUAACGCUGAAGACGAUCAUGAUGCUGAAGUGGGUGGUCAACAAUUGUAACGGAAGAGUAAAAUACAUCGUAAAAUGUGAUGACGACACUUUUAUUAACGUUCCAAAUUUGCUGCAAGUAUUACUGGGAGGAACAGUUCCGCUAUAUAAGGCAUCAAUUCCAUUCUAUGAUCGAAAUACUAUAGCGGUAACGUCGAGGAAGAACCGUUUGGUUGAGGUAAAACGAUUGCUGACAGGUUUUCUCUUUUGUGAGGUGAAACCAAUUGCCGAUACCAGUAGCAAAUGGUAUUCGCCGAACUACAUGUACAGCAAAGAGUUUUACCCGCACUACCUGUCCGGUACGGCAUAUUUGAUGAAUCUCGAGGCAGCCAAGCUGUUGUACCGGACGUCGCUUACAACACCCAUUUUCCAUCUGGAAGAUGUUUACCUAACCGGUAUCGUUGCCGAUCGGGUAAAGCUGCGCCGCUACCAUCAUCCACUGUUUUUCUACUCAUACACAAAGGAUCUCUGUGCACUACGGGGUAUGAUCUCGCAGCACCAGCUGCAACCGGGCGAUAUUCGCAGUGCCUACGACUUCGUUACCAACGGCACUAUUGUGUGCAACGGACCGGAACCGAAUUUUAGCAUGGCCAGGAUGAAGCUGCAGCAGCGUAAAAAAUGUCAAUGACAUAGAGUGCCCCGUCGUGGCAACACAAGCCCACGCGGAUAAAAUACUCCCAUUCCGUCUCAGUCAUUUUUAAUAUAUUUCUGGUUUUUAGAAUUCUUGUUCAUUAACCUAUCUUCACUAUUCGUUUUUAUCUCCAGAAUAUAAAGUUUAUUUCUAAAAAAAUAUUUCAACGGCUCAUAGAAAGUUUCGAUAGAACAAAUUGUAAGUUAGAUAGCAUGUUUACAUUACAGGCCUCUAAAGCGUGUAGCAGAGAAUUAAAUAGCCAAGCGAUCAUAGUGUUGUUGGAAGAAAUCCAUUUUAAAAUGUUAAUAAUUAUCUAUUUUCACUAGUAUUUACCAAUUGAUGCGAGACGAAGUGUGUGUGAAGCAAAACAUUUAGACAAAGAAGUUGCAUAUUGUCAGUAACACAAUGCAUGAAUAUCUUGAGAAGAAGCAACACGUAAGAUAUAAAAUCAUUUGAUUCAGCUGUGAUUUGAAAAUAUUUUAGAUAGAUUUACAAGAAACGCUAGAAUAAUCAAUAAUAACACCUAGAAUCUUCAAUUAGUCAAAACUAACUGAAACGAGAACAAAUGGUAGCAACCGACUCCACUGAUCUUGAUCUUUAGUCAAAUCGUAGUACCACUACAACUUUGUUGCGCAUUAAAUCCCAUCGGUUUACCAUGUUAGACUGUAUCUUGUAGUCAUCUUCAAAGAGGCCAUGACGGAAGUUCCCAACGUAGUAUCCGAGCUUCGCUCGAACGGUAUCUGCUUUACCAGGCACAAUGCGUUUAGUUUUAAGUUAAAUGGAUAACAACCAUUUAGUAAUUCAGUUAGCUUGAAGCACUCAAACGAAAAAAAAUCGCACAACACGGUAGCACACCGUUAGAUUUCGUUGCCUCAAUUGCUGUUUAGUCUCUUUUAGUUUUUAAAUACGUCCUUUACAACGAUAACUCUAACAGGAAAUGUCGAAUUCCUUUAAAUUUUAAAUCCUGUCCAGACUCCUAUCAGUACGUUUCAUUCGGAUAUACAGUGUAUAGACGUACUGAAAGGGAGACAGCAGUAUUUGUAAACAAGCGUUGAUUGCUUUAGAGAUUCAUGCCCUGAAAUGCUGUGAAAGUUUAGUUCAUAUCGUCC